AUGUACACAAGGGAAUUUGCCAUCAGGAUGUUGCUCCUGCUGCUUCUGCUGCUUCCUAAUAUACUGUCCCAAGGACAAAGUGCUAAAUGCGCAACAAAUCAUCCUGUUCAUGUUCCACACGAGUGGUAUGAGCCAGGAGACCUGGUCAUUGGUGCAAUGGCGUCUCAUAUUUAUUACAUAGUCCGCAAGGUUUCCUUCAAGAAACACCCUUCCCAAGACUUCAUUGAUGCCCCACUGGUUUUGACAAAGUUCUACCAGCAAAUCCUGGCCUUGGUGUUUGCUGUUGAUGAGAUCAACGAGAAUCCCAGGAUGUUGCCCAAUGUCUCUCUCGGCUUCCACAUCUAUGAUAGCUAUUAUGAUUCAAAGAUGACCUACAGAAAUACUCUGGACCUGCUCUUUAAAUCACGUCACUUUGUUCCCAACUACAGGUGUGGCAUCCAGAAAAAUGUCAUAGGAGCCAUUGGGGGACUCAGCUCUGAUACCUCCUGGUGCAUGGCAAACCUCUUAGGUCUUUUCAAGAUUCCACAGCCUCUGAACAAGCGAGAUAAAACAAAACAAUAUAUUCUGUGUGGAAUUUACAUCCCGAGUUCCCUCUGUAUGUUCACGAUGUCUCUUCACAAAAUGAUGUUUCCACCAAGCCAGUCCAAAAAUCUUCUCAACUUGGGCAGCAGCCAAAUUUCAUAUGGUUCAUUUGAACCAGCCAUAAAUGAUGGAACCAAGUUCCCUUCCUUUUACCGCAUGGUCCCCAAUGAAGACCUUCAGUAUCAGGGAAUUAUCCAGUUACUUCUGCAUUUCAGAUGGAAAUGGGUUGGGCUCAUCACUCCAGCUAAUGAAGCUGGGGAACGUUUCUUACAGACAAUUGAGCCAAUGCUUUUCAAGAAUGGAAUCUGUUCGGCAUUCACAGAAAGCGUCAAACCCAAUAUACAUUAUAACAGUAACUUACUAGAAAUGCUGGAGGACUCAAGGAUUUUGUUACCAACUUUCACAACCAGCAGAGCCAAGGCAAUUCUUCUAUAUGGAGAAAGUAGAUCUAGUAUAUGGUUGUCAAGUGCUUUAAGCAUGAUGGAGUUUACUCAGCUACUAUUUCCUCAAAAGAAGUCACAUGAAGGAAAACUCCACUCAUUCCUGCAGAGAAUCUCAUUCAACAACAGUGCUGGAGAUGAAAUUACAUUAAAUGAAUAUGGAGAGUUAGCAGCUGGCUUUGAUAUUACCAACUUGGUCACUUUCCCAAAUAAUUCCUAUGUCAGAGUCAAAGUAGGCAGGUUGGAUCCUCAGGCCCCUCCGGGCAAAGAGCUCACCAUUAAUGAAGACAGAAUCAAAUGGAACAGACGCUUCACUAAGGUGCCACCGCUUUCUCUAUGUAAUGCCAACUGCCAUCCUGGUUACGGGAAGAAAAAGAAGGAGGGGAAGAAGUUUUGCUGCUAUGAUUGUGAUCCAUGUCCAGAAGGAAUGAUUUCAAAUGAGAAAGACAUGGAAACAUGUGUCAGUUGCCCAGCAGAUCAGUAUCCAAACAGCGGCCAGGAUCUUUGCAUUCCUAAGAUUCCAAACUUCCUAGCCUUUGAUGAAACCUUGGCCAUUGUUUCAUCUUCCUCUGCACUUUUAUUCACUCUAAUCACAAUUCUGGUGCUCAGCAUCUUCAUUAAGCAUCGUAAUACAGCCAUAGUCAAAGCCAACAACCGAAGCCUCACCUAUGGUCUCCUUAUCUCCCUCCUCUUGUGUUUCCUCUCUUCUUUGCUGUUUAUCGGAAAACCUAAUAUGGUGACUUGCCUUCUCCGACAAACUGCUUUUGGCAUUGUCUUCUCUGUGGCCCUCUCCAGCAUCUUAGCCAAAACCAUACUGGUGGUUUUGGCAUUCAUGGCUACCAAACCAGGAUCCAAUAUGAGGAAAUGGGUAGGCAAAGAACUGGUUUAUUCCAUUGUCUUUUCCUGCUCCAUUGUUCAAGUAGGAAUCUGUGUCCUCUGGCUGGCAACCUCUCCCCCAUUCCCAGAUGUGGACAUGCACUCAAUGCCUGAAGAAACCAUAUUUCUAUGUAAUGAAGGGUCAGUCUCCAUGUUCUAUUGUGUUUUGGGCUACAUGGGAUUACUGGCCACUUUCAGCUUCACGGUGGCCUUCUUAGCCAGGAAGUUGCCUGACAGUUUCAAUGAAGCCAAGUUCAUCACCUUCAGCAUGCUGGUCUUCUGCAGUGUUUGGCUCUCCUUCAUUCCAACCUACCUGAGCACCAGAGGAAAAUACAUGGUGGCUGUGGAGAUCUUCUCCAUCUUUGCUUCUGGUGCUGGGUUACUGGCUUGCAUUUUUUCCCCUAAAUGCUACAUAAUUGUGGUGAGGCCUGACCUGAACAACAAAGAGCAGUUAACACAAAGAAAGAAACACCCUUCCCAGGACUUCGUGGAUGCCCCAAUGGUGUUGACAAAGUUCUACCAGCAAAUCCUGGCCUUGGUCUUUGCUGUUGAUGAGAUCAAUGAGAAUCCCAGGAUGUUGCCCAAUGUCUCUCUCGGCUUCCACAUCUAUGAUAGCUAUUAUGAUUCAAAGAUGACCUACAGAAACACUCUGGACCUGAUCUUUAAAUCACGUCACUUUGUUCCCAACUACAGGUGUGGCAUCCAGAAAAAUGUCAUAGGAGUCAUUGGGGGACUCAGCUCUGAUACCUCCUGGUGCAUGGCAAACGUCUUAGGUCUUUCAAGAUUCCACAGGUAG